CGAGUGGGGCCGCCGCCGGUGCCGCCUGCCUGCCUGCGUCUGUGCAGGGGAGAGCGCGCGCGAGCGGGAGCGCUCUGAGUUAAAGGGGGAAAGCGAAUGGAUCUCAAGCCAAGCCAAGAUCCAGCCGCCGGGCAGAUCUCGGAGCAGGUGGAUCGAGCGAGAACAGGAUGGACCUCGCGUCUCCUGGGCGCCCACCUCGGGCCCCCCUGGCUGAGCCGGUCAUGCCCACCCCCUCCCUUCCUUUCCGGCGGCGGCGGCGCCAGCCUGCUGGGCUUCACCAACCCCCUUACCUGCUCCCCCUUUCCCCCGGGAGAUGUCCGUCCCAUUUGGGCCUCUUGCCAGUGGGCGGAGGAGGGAGGAGGAGGGGUGCCGGGGGUCUUGAUCCCAGCCCCUCUCCUCCAACCCCCCCCCGCCCUCUUCUUCUCCUCGCCCUGACCUGGGAUGGGUUAGGAGACUUUCUCUCCCCCUUUCCCGACUGCUUCUCUCCCUUUCCCCUCCUUUUUCUUUCCUAAUUCUGGUGAAUUUCCUUUUGGCUGGCGCUCAGCGGAAGGCAGCCGAGGCGAAGCAAUGGGAGCCGCGCGUGUGCUGGGAGUGUGUUGGAGGGUGGUUUUUUUCCCUCUCCUUCCCCCUUCCCCUCUCUCCCCCUUCUCCUUCUUCUUCUUGUUCUCUUGCAGGGUACAAUGUUAAAAAGCCACCGCUAGUCGCCCCCAGUGCUCCUACUCUCUAGGUCUUUUUUGUCUCUAGUGCAGAUUAAACGUCACGUCCGCACUUGAACUUGAAUUUUAUCCCAUUGUACGGAGGCAGCCCCAGCCAUAGAGAGACAGAGCGCUCCCAGGGAACCAGGACUCCGCCAUCUUCACAUUGCAAUAUAUCUCCUAGUAAUAGCCAGCACUAACCCAGAAGCACUGGGGGGCUUCCUUCCUAGCAAGACCCUGUGCCAAGCGAGGGGGGGAGGGAAGCCAGUGGCAAAGUGGUGCGAGCAAAGCAAAAACAACAACAAAAAGCAAACCAACCCAGUGGCACUUGAACUGGCAAAGAGGAGACACAGUUUGGGCUACCCCUAAAAAAAAAAAAAAAAAAAUUCUAAUCAACCCAGCAAGGGCAAUUUUUGUUCCCUGCAUUUUUCUCUGCGUGUGGGCAAAUCCCAUUUUUUUGUCUACUUUUGUGCGAGCGCGUGUGUAUAUAAUCCAAUUUUUAUUUCAUUUUUUUUUUAAACAAACCUUUCGGGUGGAAGAAGUGCACUUUGCUUUUUUUCCUUCUUCUCUUUCUUCUGUUUCCCCCCCUCCCUCUUUUGCUAAGCACUCUGGAAAAAUAAAAGUGUCAGUGCUCCGUGGGGGGGAAACCAUCCUUCUCUCCUGAAGUUCAAGAACAGAUCUGGAAGCGGUGGAAAGAAAAGGGGGGAAAAAGACAGUUGUCUUCUGAAAAGAAUAUCAGCCUCCCCCCUCCUUUGAUGAUGCUUUUUUAAUUGAAGGCAGAAUCUCAUCUUGAGUGCGCCAAGGGGGGAAAAAGAGUUUUUCCUCCUUUAAAAAAAAACUUUCUUAAUUUUUAAAAGAAGAGAUCCGUCAAGAAGAAAAUAAAAGAAGAGGAGGAAGAAGAAGAAGAGGAAGAAGAUCGCUCCCCCCCCUCCUCCAACCCAGCCCCCCUAACAAGUCCAGCUCUCCAGGCGAUGACCGUGUAAAUGCCGGGGCAAUGUCCCGUCGCAAGCAGGGGAACCCGCAGCACCUAUCACAAAGGGAAAUUAUCACGCCAGAGGCUGACCAUGUGGAAACGGCCAUCAGCCACGAGGAUGAGAACCUGGCGAUAGGAGAGCCACUUGGGCUCAGCAUUACGGCGGGCGGAGCAGACCCUGACCUAUUAACCUGUGGACAGUGUCAGAUGAACUUCCCCCUGGGAGACAUCUUGGUUUUUAUAGAGCACAAGAAGAAGCAGUGCAAUGGCGCGGGUGGUGCCUGCUACGAAAAGAACCUGGAUAAGAGCAGUCCUCCCCCUUCAUCGCGCUCCGAGCUCAGGAAAGUGUCAGAGCCAGUGGAAAUCGGGAUCCAAGUCACACCCGAUGAAGAAGACCGUCUUCUCACGCCUACGAAAGGAAUUUGCCCCAAGCAGGAGAACAUUGCAGGGCCGUCCAGGCCUGCAAAGCUGCCGGCGGCCUCCAUAACUGCCUCCUCCCACCCUCACACAUCAGUGAUCGCACCGCCACCUCUCCGUGCUCUGACCUCAAUCCCGCCCUGCCUUAGCCUGCCCUGCUGUGGUGCGCGCUCAGUCUCAGUUGGUGGGUCUCAGACUGAGACGUCAGGCCCAUUUGGAUGUCAUUGUCAGUUGUCAGGUAAAGAUGAGCCUUCAAGCUAUAUUUGCACAACAUGCAAGCAGCCUUUUAAUAGUGCUUGGUUCUUGCUUCAGCAUGCCCAGAACACACAUGGAUUCCGCAUCUACCUGGAAACAAGCCCUUCAAAUAGCUCCCUUACUCCACGCAUCACCAUCCCUCCUCCUCUGGGACCUGAGACUGUUGCACAGUCCCCGCUGAUGAAUUUCCUUGGCGACAACAACCCUUUUAGCCUCUUGCGAAUGACAGGUCCCAUCCUGCGUGAUCACCCUGGCUUUGGUGAAGGUCGGCUCCCCAACACGCCUCCCCUCUUCAGCCCGCCACCUCGUCAUCAUCUGGAUCCGCAUCGCCUUAGUGCCGAAGAAAUGGGGUUAGUUGCCCAGCAUCCCAGUGCCUUUGACAGAGUCAUGCGUUUAAACCCCAUGGCAAUUGAGUCGCCAGCGAUGGAUUUCUCCAGAAGGCUUCGAGAACUGGCAGGGAACAACUCCACCCCGCCGCCAGUCUCUCCCAAUCGCAACAACCCUAUGCAUCGCUUGUUGAAUCCUUUCCAACCAAGCCCUAAAUCUCCUUUUUUGAGCACCCCGCCAUUGCCACCCAUGCCCCCAAGCAGCACUACGCCUCCCCAGCCUCAGUCUAAAAGUAAGUCCUGUGAAUUUUGUGGCAAAACAUUCAAGUUCCAGAGCAAUCUCAUUGUCCACAGGCGCAGUCACACAGGAGAGAAGCCCUAUAAAUGCCAGCUCUGUGACCACGCUUGUUCUCAAGCCAGCAAGCUAAAACGCCAUAUGAAAACACAUAUGCACAAAGCUGGGUCCAUGACAGGGAGGUCAGACGAUGGCCUCUCUGCCACAAGCUCCCCCGAGCCUGGCACAAGUGAGCUCACUGGAGAGGGAUUAAAGUCUAGUGAGGCAGACUUCAGGAACGAGAGCGAUCCUUCCCUUGGCCAUGACAAUGAAGAAGAGGAGGAGGAGGAAGAGGAGGAAGAGGAGCUGGAAAAUGAAAGUCGGCCCGAGUCAAGCUUCAGCAUGGACUCAGAGCUAAGCCGUAACCGAGAGAAUGGCUCCAAAUCACUGCCAGAUGAAAAGUCCCUUGUCCUAGGAAAGGUGAUAGAGAAUGUAAGCCUCGGUACCAUCCAGCAAUACAAUGACAUGCUGGCUGAAAAACAGAAGAGAAGUGGCUUCAUGAAAAGGUCUUCUGACCAGCGAGAUCUCUGUCCUCGGGACCUUUGUCAGAGAGACACAGGUGAUGAAGAUUCAGUUGCUGGAGAACUUGACCGCACAGAGGAAGGGACGGUCAAUGGGAGGAACUUUGGGCCAGGUGAACCCUUCCCAGGCCUGUUCCCUCGCAAGCCAACCCCUAUCACAAGCCCCAGUUUAAAUAAUUCAUCGAAAAGAAUAAAGAUAGAAAAAGAUUUGGACUUACCACCAGCAACAAUAAUACCUUCCGAAAAUGUUUACUCACAGUGGCUGGUAGGAUAUGCAGCAUCAAGGCACUUCAUGAAGGAUCCAUUUCUAGGAUUCACAGACUCCCGACAAUCCCCCUUUGCAACGUCUUCUGAGCAUUCCUCAGAGAACGGAAGCCUGCGUUUCUCCACUCCACCAGGCGAUAUGCUGGAUGGCGGUCUCUCAGGGCGCAGCGGGACGGCGAGCGGAGGCAGCACGCCCCACAUCAGUGGACCUGGCCCCGGUCGACCCAGUUCAAAGGAAGGACGGCGGAGCGAUACAUGCGAGUACUGUGGCAAGGUCUUUAAGAACUGCAGCAACUUAACGGUGCAUCGCCGGAGCCACACGGGAGAGCGGCCUUACAAAUGUGAGCUCUGCAACUAUGCAUGUGCCCAGAGCAGUAAGCUGACACGUCAUAUGAAAACGCAUGGCCAGAUAGGGAAGGAGGUCUACCGCUGCGACAUUUGCCAGAUGCCCUUCAGUGUUUACAGCACUCUGGAGAAACACAUGAAAAAGUGGCAUGGCGAACACUUGCUGACAAAUGAUGUCAAAAUUGAGCAGGCAGAAAGAAGCUAAGGCCCCCACUGGGUUUAAAUCAGGGGUCUAGGUAACAUUUAAGUUGUACAGUUUAACUAUUGCCAACUGAGAAAAGCUGACCUAACUUGCCUCCAUAAACAUAAUUUAGCAUAACUAUGGCAGGUGCCAGAAUUUGGCACUUAAAUAUAACCUGUGUCUACAAAGUUCUAUUAAACCUGAGGAUUGGUUAAGGCAGUAAAAUUGUGAAGCCUUUUAACUGUGCAAUAAUUUCUGUAUUUAUUGGGUUGUUUUGUAUUUCUUUCUUUCUUUUUGGCAUGUGCAGGUACUCUUUUUUUUUUUUUUAAAAAGACAUCCCCCCCCCCGUUUUAGAUUUCCUUUAAAUUUUUGUUGGGUAUUCCAUUCUAAUUUUCCCCAGUAGUAACCUGAGAUUAUUUGCAUUACAGGGGGAGAUGCAUAUCAAUUUAAAUUAUAAUUUUUCAAGGGCCGCUGCUUUGUUGACUCUUAUGCUAAGCAUGUGUAAUUUCUUGUGAAGAAGCCAACUUUUUAAGUAACAAUUUUCUUCUCUUUUUUUCCUUGUCCUUGUCCUUUUUUCUUUUUUCUUUUAAAGAAAAAGUCAUUUGGAAAUUAGGAAAGUUGAAUAGUACCGCGGAUAACAAUCGUAAAAAUUGUAGCACUUUCUUUUGGAUUUGGAUCUAAUAUGUAGCACUGAUAAUGCCACUAAAAUAGAGGCCUUUAAAAAAAUUUUUUUUACAAUAGAUAAGUUAAGAGAAAGUAAAGCGACAUGGGCACAGGUGUUUUCUAAAGGCAGCUAUAUUCAUAAAAGCAAUAGCAAGAAUUGUGAAUUAUUAUUGGGGAAUUUAUUCUGAUUACUAAUGGCAUAUUUUUCACCUUUCUGCCAUUUCUCUAGGAUUGUUAAAUAGAAUUUGAGAGCCCUGACAGCCACACACACAGGUUUUUGGAAACAGACAUAAAGGAAACAUUGUUUAUUGUUUUUCACACAGAUAUCACUUAUUUCUUCACAUAAAACAUUAUGCAUAUGACAGCUGUAGUUAUUACUUGAUAACCGGAAUAUGUGAAACUGCUAUAACUGACUAUCCCACAGCAAAUGCAGUGAUGCCCUUUAUUGGAGCAACUCAUGUUCUAUACUGAACAUUAGUUUGUCUAGUAAAAGGUAGCACACAUGCACAUUUUGUUUUAAAUUUUGUUUUGAACUAAUCACCAAUUAAUAAAACAAAUUCAGCCAAUCAGAUUAAGUGUGCAUAAUUUCCCUAUGACUAGAACAUUAGCUUUGAGGGAAAAGCAUAUUUUCUUUGGUUUGUCUGAUGCAAAUAUAUAUUGUGGCAGCUGCCAUCUUAUAAUGUCAUAAGAGAGAAUAGAGCACGGCAAAGCCAACACAUAAUGUUGAUGAACAGCAGAGUUUUGAACAGAGAGGAAUGUGGAUGGGCUAAAAGAUCUGCUCCUCCUGUGUUUGCAUAUACUAGAUUAGGAACAUAGGGAGGUGCUGUAUACUGAGUCAGACCCAUUGGCAAGGGCGGCUCCAGAGAGCGGGCAAGGGGGGCAAGUGCCCCCCCGCCAACAAUUAGUCCCCCCCACCUGCCCCCUGUUUCUGUUUCAGAAAUCUAAUACGUGGAGCACAGCUCACCCACCCAUAAAUGCACUUUGCUGCUUCUCUGCCCCCUCUAGAUUUUUGUUCUGGGACCACCACUGCCCAUCUAGCUCCGUAUUGUUGACACUGACUGGCAGCAGCUCUCUAAGCUUUUAGGCAGAAAUUUCUCCCAGCCCUACCUGGAGAUGUCAGAGAUUGAAUCUGGGAUCUUCUGCAUGCAAGGCAGAUGCUCUUUCACAGAGCCAUGGCCCCAUCCCCUAAGGGGAAUAUCUUACAACAGACAGCUCUUACAUGUAAGCACCCAUCCAAGUGCAAACCAGGGCAAAGCUUGCCUAGCAAAGGAGACAAUUCAUGCUUGCUACUGGAAGACCAGCUCUCCUCCUCAAUAUAUAAUAUAUAAUACUGGGCCAUUUUCUAGGUCAUUUUCUUAUUUCGCAGCUGUAAACCAAGCCUUAGUCUUUGAUACAUACCAUUACAUACCAUUUGUUUAAAUUGUACUAUUUCUAAAGCGAUAGUUACAGCAAUUAUGCAUGGGCAAAGUGCUGAGAUAGAUCCUAUGGGCCCGUGAAAUGAAAAUAUUAUUAAUGAUAUUUUAUAUACUCCUUUUCAACCAGGAUGUUCUCAAAGCAGCUGACAUAGCAAAAGGUAUGAGAAAAAUUGUUCCCUGUCCCAAAACGGGCUCACAUUCUAAACAGAACAAAACAAAACACAGGAAACAGCAGCAGCAGCCACUCAAGAGAUGCAUUGCUGAGCUGAAUAGGGACAGUUGCUUACCUCCUGCUCAUAUAAGAGAGCCAGCCACCGCUUUAAAAGGUGCCACUUUGCCAAGUUAGCAGAGGUUGUCUCAUAUUAGUGCACAGUAUUGUCUCAUAUAAUGCACAGUUGGUUAUUGCAAAGAAAAUUGGCCAAAAUCCACAGGUCAAUCUUUUUUAGAAUACUGCAGUUAAAAUAAUUGAUAAGUAUUUGUUUAAGAUCAUAGUCUUAAACAAGAUGCUGAUAUGAAAAGUCACUUGAAAUUGCUGGAUUAGAGUCCCCUAACACAAAGUUUUAAGUGGUUAAGUUCAUCAUUUCUUGAAUUAAUGUUAAUUCCGAACUUUAAAGUUCUAAAUGAAUUUUCUUUGGAUUUCUGUAAAUCUAGCAUAUUCCCAUUUCUAAUUGAAUUCGUUUUCCCACAUGCAUUUCUGUUCUAUUUAAAAACCACCUGCCACAUUUCAUGCAUUGUUGAGGGUUACCAGAUGCCCCUUAUUUAUAUUAAAUUAAAUUUUCUUAUCCUUAUAAGAUUGCAACCAGUAGAAUACAACAGACACUCCUUCACCAGAGUGCCACAAGUCCCUUUUGAAUGAUUCUUUGUGUGUUUUUGGCAAUGCUUUGCAUUCUAUACUUUAGAGGAAAUAAUGGUUAGUUUUGAUUAAUGCUGUGCUUGUGCAAUGAAUAAAUUUGCACUAGUGCAAGAAGAUCACAUAACUGGGGGAUGCUCAGAAUUGCACACUUGUGCAAAAGUUCCCUGCAAAAUAUAUAAGACAUGCCACAGGUUGCGCACAUUGAAUGGAAGCUCUGAACUUAGUGCAACUAGCUAGGGCAACAGUCUUGCAGCAGUGCAAAGUCCUUUGACAAAUGCAGCAUUAGGAUGUUGUCCACUGAAAAGAAUUUGCAGAUCUUCAGUUUAUGGCAUUGUUUGGAAAAAGAAUAGGCCCUUAUCUCGGCAAAACAUUCUGCUCUGGUUUCUUAUUAUGAAAUAUCAUGGUUUUUAUCAUAAUUUAAUAUCAUGGAACCUUGUUCUGGUUCCCUAAUAUUUAAUAUCAUGGUUUUUCCAAGUCUGAGACCAUCAUCCCAAAGGAGGAAUGGGGGAAAUAUAAGUUCCUCCCUGGACAUUUUCCCAUCUUGCAGCUGAGCUUUUAUAAGUUGGACCAAGAAAUGUAAGCGGUGUGCUUCUUUACUUGGCGUUCUUUGGGUGCUGUGGAUCAGUGGGACACUUUUAUUUUUCAUAGGCUUUUGGCUUCCAAAUGUAUCUCCCUCAUGGAGAAUAAUGAGGCCCAUAUGGUUCUAACCCUUCCUUUUCCUUUAAUCUCCCAGAUCAGAGUAGACACUCUCAUCUGAAUUGCCCAUGUUUCUUUAUCUCUUCUUAUAUUGGGAAGGUGUGUCCUAAGGAGGCUUUCUAGGGUAUAGUUUGAGAACCUCUGAUAGAACCUAGUCUAUCAAGACUGGACGAUUUAAAAGUUACCCAUUUUGAUUCUGUUGACCCGCACUUUAAACCUUUUUGUUUGCAUACAAGACCAGCGGCUUCUGCACAAGAAAUUACAGCAUCUUUGUCUUUGCUUGGCCCAGAGGUGGGUGAAACUGUUAAAGGGGGACAUCUGAGAUUAAGUGUCAGUGUUGCUAAGCGUGGCAUUCACAAUACUGGCACUAUAAAGAAAAAUAAUAAUUUAUUGGACAGUUUUUCUACUGCCAUUCAAUUCGAUGUGAGUGCCUUGAAAACUGAUCUUCCUAUUUGAGUCUCUUGAGACAAAUGCAAACAUUUUUGUGAAAUGAAAAGACUUUUAAAAAAAAGGUAGAACAAGAAAAGUAUGUUCUUUAGGGUAAAAACAAACAAAAACAAGAGCCACAUUUACUUUAAAAAACAAAUCCUGGUUGAAGAUAGUGGACAUGAAAAUGCCAUAAGACCCAAUCAAAUGAAGAUGUAUAUCCAGCACAACUUCGGACAUCCAUUUGCUGAAUUAUUCUCAGCCUUUCUUUUUCUUUUCAGGACAACGCUGCUUAGGAAAUGGAAUGGAAAUGAUUUACUGCUGAAUUAAAACUCAAAUGACACAAAUUGCAAGUUGUUAUCAUUGAAUGAAAAAAAAUUCAGGAACAACGGCUAAUUUUUUUAAAAGUUAAAUUUAGUGCACUCUGUCUUAAAAUACGUUUACAGUAUUGAAUACAUACAAGGGUAAAAAAAUUGUGUGUAUGUGUGUUUGAGCAAUCUCUCUUUUUUUUUUUCAAAGUUUGCUUAAUAGGUUAUUAAAAAUGCCAUAAUGGCCAUGUGUAUAUUGUUUUCUUUUGGUGACGGGGUUUUAGUAUAUAUUAUAUAUAUUAAAAUUUCUUGAUUACUGUAAAAGUGGACCAGUAUUUGUAAUAAUGGAGAAUGCCUGGGCAUUUUACAAAACCAGAAAGAAAAAAAAAACUUUUCUCUUUUUUCCUUGAAAAUGUUGCAGUAAAAUUUAAAUGGUGGGUCUAUAAAUUUGUUCUUGUCACUGUAACUGUAAAGUCUGAGUUUUAGUAAAUUUUUUUCUGCCUUGGGUGUUGAAUUUUUAUUUCAAGAAAAAUGUAUAGAAACUUGUAUUUGGGAAUUAAAAGGUGACUGCUACACCAUGUAGAAAAAGUAUGUAGAAAAAAAGUGCUUAAUAUUGUUCUUGCUUUGCAGAUUAAAAAAAAAUCACAUUUCUGACCUGUACCUAUUUUUAUCUCCCUCCCCACCCAUCCCCCUAUUCUGGAAUGGAUAUUGAUAUUGGUUGAUUCAUAUAAUGUAGGCACUUGCUGUAUUUUUACUGGAACUUGUAAUUUUUUAACUGUACGCUUGUCCUUUUAAAGGGAUUUAAUGUACUUUUUUGUUAGUGAAUUUGGAAAUAAAAACAAAAACAAACAAACAGGCUGCCAUAAUAUAUUUUUUUAAUUUGGCAGGAUAAAAUAGUGCAAAAAAAUUAAUUUGUAUGUCAAGACUUAUUGUACAGAAGAAGGGGGGGAAAUAAAAGGGUUGUUUGACGACCUGUGAGUAAAUGAGACAAAACAGUAAUUAAUUUGUAAUUAUUAUUUUUUGGGGGGUCAGGUUUUGUUUCGCUUUGAGUCUUCAGUUCACAGUUUUAGUUGUGUGUAUGUAUAUAUAUUUUUUUCUGUCAGAAAUGGCCUACAAAAACAAACAAACCAUGCUGUUCCUACAGGGCAGUAAUAACUUUGAAGCUGCCUGGACCCCUUGUAUCAAGGCCUUCCCAGGUAUAGUUAAACUAGGAUGGAUGGCUGUUGCCUGUUAUUGUUAAAUGAAAUUCAGUUUUUGUGAAGACGUUUGACGUGACAUUCCACAGAUGCCCUUUACAGAGACAGGGAGGUGGGUUUUUCCUGGCAAACAUUAGCUUCCUAGCCCCGACUCCAAAUCUGCACACGUUCUCUUGAGAAACUCAGCACUGCCAACUUUGACAGCACUGAGCACCUGUUGAGGGUGCAGGAUCCUGUAGUCAGUCCUCCUCCCCUCACCAAAUGGGUGAUUGGUACUCUUAGUGCUCUCUGCGCCAUGUUAGGGAAUGUGUAUCCAGACCUGAGCCGUCCUGAUCCUGUGAGGUUUUCUACUCCAGGGGUUCUCAACUCUGGAUGCCCAGAUGCUGUUGGACUAAAACGCCCAUCAUCCCCAGCCACAGUAGGCUUAGUCCGACAACAGUUGGGCACUCAAGGUGGGGAACCCCCUGUUCUACUCCCUGCAGUACCCCCUUAUAUGGAGCUUUGUUGUAUCAGGAUCCCUGCCCAUUACCACCUCCUCUCCCACCCUCUUCAUGCCUUCAGAUAGAGCAGUUUUAAAAGGGGAGGAAAGAAGAAAGGGCAGUGUUCUGUUGGUACAACUGUGAACUGGACUGUGAACCUGGUCCAGGAACAUCCCACUCCCCGCACUUCCUGUCAGAAUGGGACCGUGUACAAGUUUUGCCAGUCCGUGUAUUUUUUAAAAAUAUUUUUUUGUCUGCUUUGCUGCUGUUGACUCCUAAUUGUACAUUCCAUAAACUUCUGAAGGACUGGGAUGAAAUUCUGUGCCUUUUAGUUAACUGAUACUUCUUCUUCUCCCCACCCGUGUAUUUUGGACAGGACAAGGCAGGGGGAAAUGGCAGAACUGGUGAUGAAAUGCUAGUAGUCAUUUUAUAGAAGAAGAGAGUCAGUGGGGGGAAUGAUUCACAUGUAUGUAACAAAAGGGCAUCAACAAAGAGAGGGAAAAGUAUAAAGUCAAGUCUAUCAAGUCAUCACAAUGUCAGGGGACAGGUGGAAAGUAGCCAUUCCCUAUUCUUGGUUUUAUUAUACCUCUCAAGAAUUUGAGGUGAGAUUAUGUUAAGACCUGCUGUGGAGCAACCCACUAAAGGUAUUCUUGAUUAACACCAGGGAACCUGAAUUAAUAGCAGUCUCACCUUCUUACAGAGGUAUUCAACAGUAUUGUGCAAACUCUGCUUUCCUGUACCUGGAGUAAAUCCAUGGAAUCCAGUGAGGACAUUUUGGUCAAAAUCAGGCAUAGAAUUUUAAUCCUUAGCUGUCUGUCUUAUCCAGAACCAAUUCUACAAUAAAAUGAAUUCACAUUUCAUAUAGCAGUAUGAGCACCACAAAGCCCUUUCAUUAGAAAGGAACUAAGAUUUGAACCACCAGCAGCUGUCUUAUCGUGUGACUUGAAUUGCUGAGUAACCAACAUAAGUCAUUCUAAAGCACAAACACUGUGUUUAGUGAAACUGUGAUGACCCUCUUUCCUUCCUGCUUUUAGGAAUCCUGUUUUACAAGGCCAUAAGCACAAUAUGGCAGACAUAUCCUAGUUAUCUCUGCUGUCAUAAUGAUUGUUGAAGUGCUAAUAUCAGCAAAAUUAACUGUGUUAAGUCAGAAUUGUUCUAUACAGCCUAGUCCUGCUCCAUUUAAAAAUUGAAGCAUUUCUGGAGCGAUAGUCUUUUCUUUUUUAAGGGAUGUAACAUGGGAGGGAAAAGUACACUUCAGCAUUUCAUCCUAGUCCUAAUUAAAUACAGUCCAAGAUUUUGUUUUUCACAGGCAAACUCAUUUUAUGGUGCUCUUUGUAUUUUAGAACUGCAAAGCAAAGUAACGUUGAUUUCAGUUGUUUGCAUUUGUACUGGCAAGGCAAACUAUUUUUAUUACCUUUUUCUAUUACUUAUUGAAUGAGCUUUUGUUGUUUACUUGGAGGUUUUGUCUUUUACUACAAGUUUGGAACUAUUUAUUAUUGCUUGGUAUUUGUGUUCCAUUUUAAAAAAAAGGGAGCACAUUUUUUUUUAUUAUGGAUAAAAAUGUUGAGAUGGCAGGAGGUCAUUUCAAUAUCACUUAGUGAAAUAUUUAUUGUUCCUUUUAUUCUCUGUACAAGACUUUUGGCCUCUUUUUCCCCCUUACUGUCACAUUGUUGAGUUCAGCAUGUGUCUACCAUUUCAUUUGUACGCUCGUUCAAAACAACGUUUGUUCCAGUUUCAAGUUAUAAAAAAAUAAAUUGGACAUUUGACUUGA